UAAAUGUCAUUUUAAAAGAUGUAAUUCAUUUAAGCAUAAAAUUAAAAGUAUGACUUCUAACUUGAUGAAACUUGUUGCAUCAUCUGUAGCGAUUGCAAAUCAUGCAGGUCACAUAAUUCGAUCUGUUCUAAAUUCCGGUCAACUUGGAGUUAUAGAUAAAGCUAUUGAUGGCGAGGAGUUUGAUCCUCAAACAGAAGCUGAUCGUUCUGCACAAUGUGUCAUCAUAGGAUCACUUAAAAGUCAAUUUCCUGGAAUUAAUGUUAUUGGUGAAGAGGAUGAUUGUGAAAGUGCAAAAGAAGAGUUUCUUCAAAAAGAGUUUGAUGAAGAUGUUCUCAAACACAGUUGUCCCUCAGAAUAUGAAAAAUUAAAUAUAGAUGAUAUGAUAGUCUGGGUCGAUCCAUUAGAUGGUACAGCUGAGUUUACAAAGGGUCAUGUAGAGCAUGUAACAAUUUUAAUUGGCAUAUCUUCAGCUGGAAAAGCCAUAGCAGGAAUUAUACAUCAACCCUUUUACUCUAGCGAAAAAGUAAAGUUUUGUGGUAGAACAAUAUGGGGUGUUAAGGGAAUAGGUUCUUUUGGUGUUCACAGACACCCACCGCCUCCAGGUAGGCGUUUUGUAGUUACAACAUUAUCUCAUGAUAAUGCCUCUGUUGUCCAAGCAAUUAAUUCAAUGAAUGCAGACAAAGUUAUUCGUGUUGGAGGAUGUGGGUUUAAAGUGCUUCAAGUUAUAGAAGGGUCUGCAGAUGCUUAUGUAUUUGCCACCCCCGGAACUAAAAAAUGGGAUACAUGCGCCCCAGAAGCAAUUAUUUCUGCAAUGGGUGGUUGUGUAACAGAUAUGUUAAACAGAGAUAUUAAUUACGGAAGUACAGAAAAAAAGUCUUAUAUGAAUUGGUGUGGUGUGUUAGUUACUUUUAAUGGCCACGAAAGUUAUGCAAGCAAGGUUCCUGAAGCACUGAAGAAAGAAUUAAAUGAUAUUUACGAAAGUAAAAUGGCCUAAUUAUGUAGAUAUUUGUUUUUGGAUAUAAAUCAGUUUAGUUUUUA